AUCGAAAUAAAAUAAAAUUUGAAAAUGUUUGAAACAAACAUAAAAACUGCCACACAAUAUUUGUGUAUUUCCGUUUUACUACUUGCCACAUUCAGCAUUUCCCCAGCGUCCUGCCAUGUUUUGGAUAGCCUGCAUUUCAAUGAAUUGUACACUGCCGGUCCGGAUGAUUCCGUCUUAAGUCUGCCCUAUGGUGAUAGUGAAUUCCUCGUCUGGCAUUUGGACAAUCCAAUUAGCUUUUAUAGUGAAAAAUAUGAUCAAUUAUUUAUCAAUACCAAUGGCAUAUUGACAUUUAAUAUUGAAUUUCCCGAAUAUAUCAAUCAACCAUUUCCCUUUGAGUAUCCCUCAAUAGCUGGUUUCUAUUCGAAUGUGGAUACCACGGAGGCAAAUGAAACAACCUCGAUAUCGAUUUUCAGUUCUCAAGAUCCCGAGCAAUUGCAAAAAGUUAGUGAAUUGGUGCGUUAUGCUUACAAUGAAAAAUCGGAUUUUGAGGCCACCGAUUUGAUUGUGGCCACAUGGAAGAAUGUCGGAUACUUUGAGGGUAAAAAUGAUAUGCAAAAUACUUUCCAGGUUGCCCUCAUUGUCGAUGAUGAAGAUACCUUUGUCCAAUUCCUAUAUCCUGAGGGUGGUUUGAAUUGGUUGCAGGCCGAAAAUGGACCAUUGGGCUUGCCUGAUAUCAGAGCCCAGGCUGGUUUUGUGGCCGAGGAUGGUCGUUACUUUAAUUUGGACGGCUCAGGAACAGAGAACGCCCGUUUCUUAUCUGACAAAUCCAAUGUCGGCAUUGCUGGUGUCUGGUUGUACCGUGCCGGUCCCACCGACUACGAACAAAAUGUCCAAGCUCCCACCAAUGAAGAAACCUUUACUGAAUCCCCUACCGUGGCCCAAACCUGUGCCGAGGCUGGCCAAAGGGUAUGCAACAAGAACGCCAUGUGUGUCGAUAAGGAAGAAGGUUACUGCUGUCUUUGCGAUUCGGGAUACUAUGGCAAUGGAGCCGUAUGCAUUAAAGACGAUUUACCUGUACGUGUCACUGGCUCCCUUACCGGUGAACUUAAUGGUGAAAUGAUUAACGAUGGCUCCAAAUUGCAAUCAUAUGUGGUGACAGCUGAUGGCCGUAGUUACACAGCCGUUACCCCCAUCACCACCGAAUUGGGUUCGAAUUUGCGAUUGGCCUUGCCUUUGGUUACCUCCAUUGGUUGGUUAUUCGCCAAACCAUUGAACCACACCUUGAACGGUUACCAAUUGACCGGGGGUGAAUUUGUCCACACCUCGAAGUUAAGUUUUGAAAGUGGCGAAGUUCUGAUCAUCAACCAAACCUAUGAGGGUUUGAACUACUGGGAUCAAUUGUCGUUGAAAAUCGAUAUUCACGGUCAAGUUCCCAAGUUGGAUCACAAUCUGAAAUUGCACAUGGCUGAAUUCACCGAGGAAUAUGAAUUUGUGUCCGCCAAUGAAUUGCAUUCCAUUCAGGCCCAUGUCAUUGAAGUGCCCGAAGAAAAUCGUGUUAUUAACUUCCAAUUGGAACAGAACAUCUACUUCGAACGUUGUGUGGCUGAUGAGGAGGUCAAGCAUGCUAUUGCCGGUACCACAUAUUUCCAAAAGAUUUCGAAAAUUAUGUUGGACUUCUUUGAGCGCGAUCAGGCUUUGCGUACCAGUAUCUUGACCUCCGUGGGUGUCAGCGCCAUCUCCAAUGCCUGUACCGAUGGCACUGCCAUCUGUGGUGAUAACAUGGUCUGUAUUCCCUAUGAGGACACCUACCGCUGUGAUUGUAUCCAUGGUUAUGGACCACAAGUAAAUGAUGCUGGCCAAGAGGUGUGUGUCGAUAUCGAUGAGUGUGCCUUGGGUACCCAUGUGUGCGACGAACAUGCCGUUUGUUCCAACACUGAGGGAGGUUUCGCCUGUGUUUGCUUCGAAGGUUAUGAAGGCAAUGGUUAUCGCUGCCUCAACAAUGAUACCGUGGCCGAUAACAUUGAGUCCCCAGUUGGUGGACAAAAUUUCGGUACCAUUGUCCAGGUUGUACCGCCACAACAACAGGAAUAUGAAGACCAUACCGAACAUGUUGAAACUGAGACCGAACAAGUAAUUAAUGUGCAACCAUUCCCCUUGCCAGUGCCAACCUCCAGUACACCAUUGCCGGUUUAUAAUCACUAUGAUGAUUGCUUCCACUGUUCCCCCUAUGCCGAUUGCCUGGAAAGCAGAUGUAUUUGUCGUGAAGGUUUCAGCGGUGACGGCUUCUAUUGUGCCAGCAACUGUGAUCUCGAUGAAGUCUGGGAAAAUGGCAAGUGUGUUAAGCUAUCCUAUGAAGAACCUGAUAUUGAACCUAGAUGCAAUUUCUUCGGCGACUGUAACUGUGAUGAUGGCUAUGAACUUAUGGAGGACAUACAAAUGUGCCGCUGGGUGGGCCAGUAUAAUGGUGAAUCGAAACAUGAGGAUUUGGUUCCCUGCGAUGUCGAAUUCAAUUGCCAUCCCAAUGCCACCUGCGAAUGGUAUGAAUUGGAAUUGAGACAUAUGUGUACCUGCAAAUCAGGAUAUUAUGGUGAUGGUUACACCUGUGCCAUUAUUGAUGAGUCCUGUGCUGUGAAACCCGAAAUCUGCGACCCACAAGCCGAAUGCAAUUACAAUGAAGCCUUGGGCCGUUCCGAAUGUCAAUGUAAACGUGGCUAUGAGGGUGAUGGUUUCCGUUGUGCGUUGGCUCCUGAAUGUUUGGAAGAUUUGGAUUGCGGUCUGAAUGCCUAUUGUGAUAAUGAUGUGUGCCAAUGCUUGAAGGGCUACGAGCGUGAUAUGUCCGAUAUGUGUGUCCUGGCUGGUAGCUGUGGAGCGGUGUUCUGUGGUGCCAAUGCCAUAUGCAAAUUGGAUCAUGUUCAAAAUGUCAAAUAUUGCGAUUGUAUGGACGGUUAUGAGGGUGAUGCGGCUAUUGGAUGCAAGGCCAAACCGGUGCCAUGUAAUGUCCAGUAUAAUUGUGGUGCACAUGCUAGCUGUGAACCGACUGAGGACCCUGCCUACUAUGAGUGCCAAUGCCAUGCCGGUUACAAUGGUGAUGGUUAUGUCUGUAUUGAGGAUCAGAACUGUUUGAACACUCCUCAGCUGUGUGACAUGAAUGCCCAAUGUUUGUCCACCAACAAUGGGUUGGUGUGCGUCUGCAACAAGGGUUUCUAUGGCAAUGGCUCCUUGUGUAUGGAACGUAAACAACAUGAUUCCGGUUUCCUGUUGGUAUCCCAAGGUGUGGUCAUCGUGCGCGUACCCUUGAAUGGUAAAAAUGUAAGACCGAUUUCGGUGGCCUCCAUGGCUAUUGGCUUGGAUAAGGAUUGCGUAGAGGGUCGCAUUUAUUGGGGCGAUAUUUCUGCGAAGAAAAUUGUCAGUGCCAAAUAUGAUGGCAGUGAUGUAAAGACAUUUAUUGGUGAAGAUAUUGAAUCUCCUGAAGGUAUUGCUAUUGAUGCCAUAUCCCGUCGUAUUUAUUGGACCGAUUCCGUUAAGGAUACCAUUGAAGUGGCCAGCUUGGAAGAUCCCAGUUUGAGGGCGGUAUUGAUCAACAAGAAUUUGGUUAAUCCCAGAGGCAUUGCCAUUGAUCCCUACAGAGAGAGAUUAUAUUGGUCCGAUUGGAACCGUGAGUCACCCAAAAUUGAAAUGUCCGAUUUGGAUGGUACUGGACGUGAAUUGUUAUUGGGUAAAGAAGGUGUUACCUUGCCUAACUCUUUGGUGGUUUUGGAACGUUCUGGUGAAUUGUGCUUUGCUGAUGCCGGUACCAAAAAGGUGGAAUGUAUUGAUCCCUAUGGCAAACAGAUUAGGACUAUUUCCAAUGAAUUGACCUAUCCCUUCGGUUUGGUAUAUACCCAGGAUCAAUUCUAUUGGACCGAUUGGACAACUAAAAAACUCGAAAGUGUUGACAUUUUUGGCAAUCGCCAAAAAGGCCUACAAAUUCCCUUCUUUGGCAGCCACAAAAUGUAUGCCAUGACCUCAGUGGAGGAUACCUGCUCCCAAAUGGAUAGCCCCUGUCAAAUCAACAAUGGUGGCUGCUCGGAUGGCCGCCUGUGUUUGGUCAAUCGUAAGGCCCCCUCGGGUAAAAGUUGUAAAUGUACAGCCCAAUCGAAGCUGUGCAAUGUCCCCAAUCCCUUUACCAACCUCUAAAGAGUACU